GAUUUAGUUGUGCUGUGUUGAUUUCCCGCUCUUUGGCGGGAAGAAUUGGUAGUUUUUGCGAAGAGUUUUCAGUAAUAUUGUUUUGCUAGGGUUCUGAGUAAAAAGGCUCUUCCAAUUGGAGUGCCAGAGUUCUUCCCAAGGCAGAAAUUCCAUACCUGAAAUCCAAAAUGUUGAAACAAGGAGAAGAUCAGAAUGAGGGCAAUCAUGCCACUGGAGUAGCAUCCUUGAACAUUGAGGAAAAUUCUGAUCUGAAUUCCCAGAUGGCUACACGGAAGGAAAAAGAUAAAAAUGAUUCUAGCACAGAGGGUGAAAAAAAAGAAGAUAGCAACAAGGUUGUGCCAUUUCACAAAUUAUUUGUCACCGCAGAUUCUCUGGAUAUAAUGUUGAUGUGUAUUGGUUCUCUAGGUUCUAUGGGAACUGGUGUUUGUCUUCCAAUUAUGACUCUCCUGUUUGGGAACCUUAUCGAUGCAUUUGGAAGCAACAAGGCAAAUAUAGACAAAGUGGUGCAUGAAGUGUCCAAGAUAGCAUUGGAAUUUGUUUAUCUUGCUUGCGGUGCAGGAGUUGCAGCUUUACUUGGGGUGUCAUGUUGGAUGUGCACAGCAGAAAGACAGGCUGCACGUAUUAGGAGUCUCUACUUAAAAAUGAUUCUAAGGCAAGAUAUUGGAUUCUUUGAUAGUGAAACAUCGACAGGAGAGGUUAUUGGAAGAAUGUCAGGUGACACCAUACUAAUUCAGGAUGCUAUGGGAGAAAAGGUUGGAAAAUUCAUACAGUUCAUAACCACGUUCUUAGCAGGAUUUAUUGUAGCUUUCAUCAGAGGGUGGAAACUUGCCUUGGUAAUGCUAUCUAUGAUUCCUCUUCUUGUUGUAGCUGGUGGCUCUAUAGCUAUGGUAAUCUUCAAACUGUCAAGCCGAGGCCAGCAAGCUUAUGCAGAAGCAGCAAACAUUGUGGAGCAGACAAUUGGUUCAAUUAGGACGGUUGUGCCUUUUACCGGGGAGAGGAAAUCCAUAAAAGAGUAUGAUAAGUCACUUAAGAUUGCUUACAAGGCUAUGGCUCAACAAGGAUUGGCAGCUGGUUUCGGCAUUGGGUCUGCUCUAUCUAUCAUGUUUGCUGGAUAUGCAUUGGCUCUUUGGUAUGGAUCACGUUUAAUUCUAAAGGGAAGUUAUAAUGGUGGUCAAGUGCUCAAUGUCAUAUUUGCAAUUAUGAUGGGAGGAAUGUCGCUGGGCCAAACGUCACCUUCUUUAAGUGCAAUUGCAGCAGGACGAGCUGCAGCAUACAAGAUGUUUGAGACUAUUGACAGAAAGCCAGAUAUUGAUAUCUAUGAUGCAACUGGACUGGUCCUUGAGGAUAUUCAAGGUGAUAUUGAACUCAAAGAUUUAGAAUUCAGGUAUCCUGCUAGACCAGACGUUCAAAUAUUUUCUGGGUUUUCACUGGAAAUACCCAGGGGGACCACUGCAGCUUUAGUUGGAGAGAGUGGUAGUGGAAAAUCCACAGUUAUCAGUCUAAUUGAGAGAUUCUACGAUCCACAAGCUGGUGAAGUGCUUAUAGAUGGCAUUAACAUCAAGAAAUUUCAGCUUAAAUGGAUAAGGCAGAAAAUUGGAUUGGUGAGCCAGGAACCUGUCCUUUUUGCCUCUACCAUUAAAGAAAAUAUUUUAUAUGGUAAAGAUGGAGCUACGCAAGAGGAACUCAAGGCUGCUGCUGAACUUGCCAAUGCAAUAAAAUUUAUAAACAAGAUGCCUCAGGGUUUUGAUACAAUAGUAGGAGAGCAUGGUACCCAACUAUCUGGAGGCCAAAAGCAACGGAUUGCAAUUGCACGGGCUAUUCUGAAAGAUCCUCGGAUUCUUCUCCUAGCUGAAGCUACAAGUGCAUUGGAUUCAGAAUCUGAAAGAGUAGUUCAAGAAGCUCUCAACAGAAUUAUGGUAAAUAGAUCAACAAUUGUUGUUGCUCAUCGUCUAACAACUGUCAGAAAUGCUGACAUGAUUGCUGUAGUUCAGCAUGGUUCCAUUGUGGAAAAAGGUUCACACUCUCAGCUUAUCAUUAACCCUUCAGGUGCAUACUCCCAGCUUAUACAUCUGCAAGAAGUGCAUCAACCAAAGGAACAGAAUGUAAAGGAUCCAGAUGAUCUGGAAAUACAUCAGGAUAGUUCCAAGGCUGUUGGUAGGGUUGGCAGUCAAAGGUCGUCUUCAAGACGGUCUGUAAGUCGUGGGUCAUCAGGGAUUGGUGGAAGUCAUCGCUCAUUUUCAUUUUCAUACACUUUUCCUGCUGGAGUAGGCAUCCAGGAAACUGUAGCUAUUGAGGAAAGCAGUCAACCAAAGGGAAACAGAAAAAGGAGGGAUCUGUUUAGAUUCUUUAGGUCCAAUACUAAGGUAGAUGUGGAAAGUGGUCAGUCAGAUUCCGAAAUAGAUGUUCCUAUUUUGCGUUUAGCAUCUUUAAAUAAGCCAGAGAUUCUGGUGUUCGUACUUGGGUCCAUUGCAGCAGCUAUCAAUGGAGUGAUAUUUCCUGUCUUUGGUCUCUUGCUUUCAAGUGUUAUCAAGGUCUUCUAUGAACCCCAUCACGAGCUUCGAAAAGAUGCAAAAUUCUGGGCACUUAUGUUUGUAGUUUUAGCAGUUGUAAGCUUCAUUGUGGCACCUACACAGAUGUAUUGCUUUUCCAUUGCUGGUGGCAGGCUAGUGCAACGCAUUCGAUCAUUGACAUUUGCCAAAGUAGUUCACCAAGAGAUUGGAUGGUUUGAUGACAAUAAAAAUUCAAGUGGUGCAAUAAGUGCAAGAUUAUCAACAGAUGCUGCAAAUGUGCGUAGCCUAGUGGGAGAUGCAUUAUCGCUUGUCAUUCAAAAUCUAGCAACCAUCACUGCUGGCAUUGUUAUAUCUUUUACAGCCAACUGGCAGCUAGCACUUUUGUUACUAGCUAUAGUACCUCUUCUAGGUUUUCAAGGCUACAUGCAAAUAAAGUUUAUGAAGGGCUUCACUGCCGAUGCAAAGGUGGUGUAUGAGGAAGCAAGUCAAGUUGCAAACGAUGCUGUUGGAAGCAUUCGGACUGUUGCCUCCUUCUGUGCAGAGGAUAAGGUUAUCAAUUUGUACAACGAAAAAUGUGCCACUCCUUUGAAAAGUGGAGUCGAGCAGGGAACUAUAGCUGGAAUUGGUUUUGGAUUGUCAAUUUUUUUGAUGUUUUGCCAAUAUACAGUCAACUUUUGGGUAGGGGCUCAUUUGGUUAAAGAUGGAAAGACAACUUUUGAUGAUGUUUUCAAGGUGUAUUUUGCUCUGUCAAUGGCUGCCAUGGGAGUCUCUCAAUCAGCAGGCCUUGCCCCCGACCUUGCAAAAGUCAAAUCCUCUGUCAAUUCAGUGUUCAAAAUUCUUGACCGUUCAUCUAAGAUUGAUGCAAGUGAAGUCUCAGGGACUACUAUAGAUAAUGUAAAGGGUGACAUUGAGUUUCAGCAUGUCAGCUUUAAAUAUCCAACCCGUCCAGACGUGCAGAUUUUCCGCGAUUUAUGCUUAUUUGUUCAUUCUGGAAAGACUGUUGCUCUUGUAGGCGAGAGCGGAAGCGGUAAAUCAUCAGCCAUUGCACUUUUGGAGCGAUUCUAUGAUCCCGAUUCAGGCCGAAUAUUACUUGAUGGAAUUGAAAUUCAACAGCUUCAACUUAAAUGGUUAAGAGAGCAGAUGGGUUUGGUGAGCCAAGAGCCCAUUUUGUUCAAUGACACCAUCCGCGCAAAUAUUGCUUAUGGAAAGGAGGGCGUAGUAACUGAUGAACAAAUUGUAGCAGCUACUGAGGCUUCCAACGCUCACAGGUUCGUCUCAAGCCUUCCCCAAGGAUAUAACACAACUGUUGGGGAAAGAGGGGUACAAUUAUCCGGGGGUCAAAAGCAACGAAUUGCAAUCGCAAGAGCAAUACUAAAAGAUCCCAGGAUACUUCUCUUAGAUGAAGCUACAAGUGCCCUAGAUGCCGAAUCAGAACGCAUAGUUCAAGAUGCAUUGGACCGUGUAAUGGUAAACAGGUCCACUGUUGUUAUUGCACACCGCCUUUCAACAAUUAAAGAUGCAGAUCUCAUAGCGGUGGUGAAGAAUGGAGUGAUUGCAGAACAAGGAAAACAUGAUGAUCUGUUCAACAAGCGAGAUGGAAUCUAUGCAUCCCUGGUGAAAUUGCACAAGUCAUCCUCAUAGUACUUGCCUUAAACACAGAAAUUUCAAAUUUUCUCUCAGCCGCAUUUCAUGUUAUUGGCAGGCAGAGCUAGAGUUGCGCUGUUAGUAAAUAUCUUAUUAGGUCCAUAAAAUGUAAUAGGAACAUAUAAGGAAAAAAAGUCUGUGUGCAAGGAGGUAUUGUUACAGCUAGGACGUAUGGUUAUAGCUAGAGGCAUCUACAAUGAUAUCAAAAUGACAAAAAUAUGUUACAUUUUAAUUUUUUG